AUGGUCCACACCCUGACAAAGGCACCCAACAAUGAGGAGACCAAUGACAAACUGAAGGCCAGGUACCCAGUCCUGGUGGGAAAACUUUUAUGGAUCUCAAACACCAUCCAGCCAGACAUCACAUAUGCAGUCAACACCCUGGCCCACCACAUGUCCAAACCCACCAAAAGGGCCAUGCAAGUGGCUCUGCAGGUGGUGAAAUACCUGAAUCAAACACAAGAUGAGGUUCUGAGACUUGGCAGCAAAAAUGAAGACAAGCCACCCAUCACUGCCUACAUGGACUCAAACUGGGCCUCCAACCCAAAUACAAACAGGAGGAGCACAUCAGGCUCAAUUGUAAAGGUUUUUGGCAGUAUGGUGACCUGGAGUUCCCACAUCCAGAAAUGUGUCUUGGACUUGGCUGUCAAAGUGGAGUAUGUGGCAGGAUUGGCAGCUACAUGUGAGGUCCUCUUCCAUUGGCAUCUGCUACAAGGGCUUGGUUUCAGAGACCACAUGCCAAUUGUCUUCAUGGACAACACCAGAUGCAUCCAAGUUGCAAAGGACCAGGUGCUACAUUCAAGACUCAAGCACAUCAACACCAAGUAUCAUCUCAUCUGA